UCUGGGAAAAAGAAAUUGCGUGAAGAGUUGAGAAGCCAAGCUUCUGGCCCAUGUACACAUUUCCAGAGAAAUUUCAUCCUGAGAGGAACAAUAUUUGGAAAGCUGUCCACGAGUGUCGUCCUCCAUUGUGAAAGCCCCCAAGAAGUUGCUGCUGUGGUUAGGAUUGAGCAAGAAGCCAUGAAAUCCCUUACUGAGGGAGACAUAGAAGAGUGCCUGCUGAACAAGGUGGACUUGAGGCGCCAGGAGAUAUCCCAGGCUGUGGAGGAGGUACAAAAAGUCAUCCACUGCUUGACCACAGAAAUCAGUCACCAAGACAUUCGAUUCCAAGCUGUGCCUUACUCUGGCACAUACAAUGGGCACAUUAAGGUUUUGGCCCCAAGCCAGUUUCUUGUCACUGUCCCAGUGAAAGGCUUGGCGGGGUACAGGGAGGCCCGGGAGCGGCGCUGGCGUUACUACACCCUGCGGGGCACCAGGCUCCCCUGUCCCUUGCGGGACCCGGAAGGCCUGCAGCAGUGGCUGGGGGUGGAGCAGUUUGUGAAGACCCUGUGGCAGUGGCAUGAGACAGACGUAAACAUUGAAGGGGACAUCGUGCCCGCCAAGGUCCUCCAGGUGUUCCGGAAACUGGUGGAAAAUGCAGUUAGAUCCUGUCACCUCUCAGGCAAGGUCAGCUUGCUGGCUGACAGCGCUGCAGUGUGGGUUGUCAUGGAAACAUCCUCGGGCCAGGUGGAAAUCGAGCUGGCCCCCACCGUGGAGAUCCCCACAGCCUGGUCUGAGAAAGCCCAGUGGCCUCGGUGCCUGAAGCGCUGGCCUCCCCCAGAGAGAGUGGAGUGUAUCAAGUCAUUUGGGUUCAACUUGGUGGCCCGUUCCAACUAUCACUGGCAGCUGAGUUUCUCCCAGGCCGAGCAGGUGUUGUUGGAGCAGCUGGAUGAGGAUGGGGGUUGUCGCAGGCAGUGUCUUCAGGUCAUGAGGCAGCUGAAAGAGGAUGUCUGGUGUCCUGGGAAGAGGCCGGUCAUCACCUCCUACCACCUGCAGACCGUGCUCUUUUGGACUUGUGAGAAGUAUCCCCACCCCAAGGACUGGCAGGUCUUCAGCAAAGCAUUUUUGCGCCUUGUGCGCAAACUACACAAGUGUGUGAGCCAGCACUUCCUAAAACACUACUUUGUCCCCAAAAGCAACCUCCUGCAGUCGGCUAACUCCAGCAAACUGGACUCUGUGGCCCAGAAACUGGCCUACUUCCUGAAGAACCCCCAGAUUCGCCUGCCCUAA